CCGACCCUGCAUCUUGCUCACUCCUCGCUCUUCCUUGUGCUUGUAUCGAUCUUCUGUUUCAGCAGAUGGCUACUCGCUCGAAACACGCAAACCCCACCGACGACUCCGCCCGCCCGUCGAAGAAGGCACGCGUAGAGGACGCCGUUCAGCCAGAACACGUAGAGACACCGACCGCGUUAGCCGGCGAGGACAGCGAAGAAGAGGAGGAGGAAUCUGCAGGCCAGACAGAGCCCUUGAAGGCUUCAGACCUGUAUCUCGAUACUAUCAACAGGGCUGUACUAGACUUCGACUUCGAGAAAGUGUGCUCUGUCUCUUCGUCCAACAUCAACAUAUAUGGCUGUCUCGUCUGCGGGAAAUACUUCCAGGGCAGAGGGCGAAACUCGUACGCGUUUGCACAUGCCAUCCACGACGACCAUCACGUUUUCAUAAACCUUGAAACUACCAAGGUCUAUGUACUCCCCGACGGCUACCCCGUUUCGGACCCUUCGCUCGAGGACAUAUCUUUCGUCCUCUCCCCGACCUUCACCCAAGCGUCAACCUCAACUCUGUCCACCCCCAUACAUCUACAGAAACCGUCCUACGACCUCUCCAAUAAAUCCUACGUCCCUGGCUAUAUUGGCCUGAACAACAUCAAAAGGAACGAUUACCUAAACGUCGUUAUCCACUCCCUUCUCCAUGUAGCACCAUUGCGAGACCACCUGUUGCUCUCAAAUUACCGUGGAAAGCAAUCAGAGCUGCUAAGGAGGUUCGCUGGUCUCGCGAAGAAAUUGUGGAACCCUCGCCUGUUCAAGAGCCAGGUCAGCCCGCACGAAUUUCUGCAAGAGGUCAACCGAGCGAGUACUGGCAAGUUCAGCCUGGAAAAACAGGGUGACCCCGUAGAAUUCCUCGGAUGGCUCCUCAACCGUCUCCACAAGGAUAUGGGUGGCACCAAGAAGAAGAACUCCAGCGUCAUUUUCAGCACCUUCCAAGGCGAGGUUCGCAUGGAAACACAGCAGGUCCUCGUACGACCAGACUCCGAGACCGGCGAACGGCCACGGUUUGACAUUGACCGAGAACUCAAGUCCGCCGUAUCGCCGUUCCUCUUCCUUGCUGUCGAUCUACCACCGCCACCAUUGUUCCAAGACUCGGUGGAGAAGAAUAUCAUUCCGCAAGUCAGCAUACAGUCCGUACUGGCCAAGUAUGACGGCCAGAAGACGCAGGAAUCCGUCGGACAGCUACGCCGCUUCAAAUGCCAGCGGUUACCGCCUUACAUCGUCCUGCACUUCAAACGCUUCACCAAAAACCAGUUCGUGGAGGAGAAGAAUCCCACCGUUGUUAAUUUCCCUCUGCGGGGUCUCGACUUCAGGGAGUACCUGGAUGCUCCGGCGUCGCAUCCUUCCACUGUCUACGACCUGAUCGCGAACGUCACGCACGAGUCGGCGGCAGGCACCACGCACGACAAGGAGAGCACAGUGUGGAAGGUCCACCUCCGAGCCGGUGCAGGCGGCGGGGAGAAUGAGAGGUGGUUCCAGAUUCAGGAUCUGAUUGUGGAAGAGAUCAGGAAGGAGAUGAUUGUGCUGGGCGAGACUAUCCUGCAGAUAUGGGAACGCAGGCCAGAGGCCGCAUCGCCGACGAGCGGAAUGGACGUUGACAAGCCAUGAGGUCCCCACCGGGGCACCGCGCUAUGCACUCCACGUCACUGGGCAUGGCAUUGACCGUAGGAAUAUUGUCAUGUACUAUAGCAGAUGCGCGUUUCAAGAGAACUACAUCAUUUGC